CGCCUCCAUGUUUGGACUGGAAUCUUCAGGCUCAGCGGCUGAGCCUUCGCGUCCUGGUUCGCUAUUCCGCACUCGCACACAGCGCUCCAACCGCUCACAUCAGUCUAUUUUCAAGGAGGAGUUCAACUCGGACCUCUCGCUACCACUCCCACAUCACCACGGCCAUCAUCGCCAGGUUCCUUACCACCAUCACAACGAUAGCAAUCCGGAGCAGGAGACAAUGGCUACCCCGACACCCAGAGAGGUUCAUCGCCUUGCCUCACAUCACAAUUUCAUUUUCGACACGAGCUCGAAACCACGGCGACUUGGGUGGUGGGCCUUUGUAGGAAGACACCUCUCUCUUCCAGCAGUAUUCCUUGCAGGUAUCGUCUUUGUCGUUGCCGCCAUUGUCUUUGCCACUCUCACAAGCAAACGACCGCUUAAGUGCCCAGACUGGGCAGAAGAUUGUCGCACAAUCGACCCAUGGACAGCCGAACACCUGCCAACUGUUCAGGGCAUCGUCACUCUCGUGUACAUCAUCGGACUGGGGGCACUUGCUUACGUGGCCCUCACGCUAUGCGAGGCCGCUGUAUGGCCGCUGUUGAUCAAGCAGACCAUGCCAAUGAGGGGUCUGGAGGCAUACUUGGCGACCACGCGGGGGUCUAUCUUGGCUGCUCCGAGAGCCUUGAUGGAAGUCAAGACGGUUGCCAUGGGAAUCAUGCUCGUUUGCGCGGUAGCAUCCAUUCUGACACCGCUCGCUGGAAUACCGUUGGUUGGCCAGGCGUAUACAUUGAUUUCAAAGGAGGUAGAGCUCAAGAGCAACUACACGCCUGGCGGUGGGCUCGCAGAAUCAUUCCUGCAAACCGAAGCACCGACUUUUGCCAACAUGGGCGUCCUGACGACGUACAACGCGUGGGCCUUGGACCCAGCCUCGGAACCUCUGCCAGAAUACCGGGAUUGGUAUGUUGAUCGGGAGGUACUCAGCACCAAGGGACACUUUUCUGCUCGGGCCGUCAAACUGCAAACAACUGUGUUGUGUCGCCCACGCUCUGUUGAGCAGCUUGUCCAAUACUGGCAGCCGUCGAACGCCUUCCUUACCAACUGGACUCGCGCGAGCACCAGCUCUCUAAGAGGCGAGAAACGUACCCCAUCAGAGGUCUACGUGCGCCCGCAACCUCAGUUGACUCUUUGGGCCGACAAUUAUACCUUUGAGGCGUCCCACCGAACCAAAGCAACCCUUGUCUUUGCCGCGCUCAACGGAACCAUCGAAGGCGGCAAGCAGUCCUCCAUUGCGCUUGGUACCAUGCACAACGUCUCGGCGAUAGGUUGCGAUGUCACUGUUUCGGCUAUCGACGACAUUAUCACCGUUGGCAACCCAUUGAUUCACUCGAACAACACCGCUCUCCCGACCCUCUCGUCCCUCGAUACCCUUCAGACCAACACCUCCCGCCCCUCAACCGCUCUCAACGAACUUCUCCUCUGGUUUGCUGUUGCCCCCAUCCUCUCCUCUCCUAGCGUAUCAGGCUCCCAGCCAAUGUUCUUCAACUCAACCUCCACCAAUCGCGCCGUAGCCUACACCGGCCAAACUCCCCAGCGUAAUAACUGGACUAUCGACGGUAUCGAGUCAUUCAUCCACCUUUCCAUCGGUGCUCUUUUACAAUCCACCACUGCGUCUGAAAACCAAUCCACCGAAAACACCACACUUCUUAUCUCUACUUAUCCCCUCCAGUUCCUGUCCCGAUCGCGCUCCCUCCUCUUACUUCUCCUGCCUCUCCUUUUGGUUACUCUUAUUGUGUGUCUCUCGUUCUAUCUGAGCCACACCCACUCACGCGAGUCCAUCCCCGUCCUCCGUCUCGCCGGGCCCUGCGAGCUGCUCAAGAGUUCUCAAACACCCUGGCUGCGUGAGCAGGCCGGAGCGGAUGCAGCAAAGACAUACCUGCCUAGCGAUUUGGGUGCGGUUACUGUCAAGUUUGGGGUAGUCGGAAAGGAAGGGGCUGAAAUGGUUGGACUGGGUGACGGCAAUGGAGGAAAUGUCGGUGCGUUUGUAAGGGAGGACCCUCGGAAAGUACAGCCCCUUGACAAAGGGAAGGAGAGUGUGGACGGUCAGAAGAGAGGAAGUUCGGGGGAAACCAUGGAGAUGGGUGUUAUUGCUUAGGGGUUGACGGGGUAAACGGGGACAUACGGAUCGAACAUUCGAGACGAAAAGGGAGGCACUUUUCCCAGGAUGAUGAUUUAACGACGGUAUGACUUAUGACCUAAAACUUUCACUACUAUCUGGCUGCAUAUUUGGAUACGAGAAAAAGAUUGAUAUGACCUUGAGCUCGGGGAAGACGCCGGCUCAACUUCGAUAA